AUGACGUUAAUUGACUGCAAACGAACUUGUGUUCGAAACAACUAUUGGAUUCAGCCACAACUGGAGAAUGAGUCCAGUGUCCUAGUAUUUACACUCUACGGUCUCAAUGAAACAAUGGAAAACAGAUAUGUGUUUUUUUCUUUAACUGCACUGUUUUUUCCCUUGAUGGUCUUUUGUAAUGUAACAGUAAUUUUCACUAUAAUCUCAUAUAAGAAAUUUCACAAGCCAAUGUAUCUGUUUAUCUGUAAUUUAUGUGUAAAUGGACUUUUUGGCACCGCUGGAUUCUACCCUAAAUUCAUGUAUGAUUUGUUAUCAUAUGAUCAUGUGAUUUCUUAUGUUGGAUGUAUGAGUCAGAUCUUUGUCAUUUAUUCAUCUGCUUUAUGUGACUUUUCAACAUUAACAGUUAUGGCAUAUGACAGGUAUGUGGCAAUAUGCAGACCACUGGGGUAUCAUUCAAUAAUGACUAGUCAGAGAGUUCUUCAGUGUAUCCUUUUCUGCUGGCUGACUCCAAUGUUGUGCAUGUCUGUUCUAAUUAUAUUAGUUGCUAGACUCACUUUAUGUGGCUCUACUGUUGAAAAGUUAUACUGUGAGAUUUGGGCAGUUGCAAAACUUUCAUGUUUUUCUACAACAUUAAAUAAUGUAUUUGGGUACAUUGUUAUUCUUACAUACUUUGGACACGCAGUAUUUAUAUUUUGCUCAUACAUUUACUUGAUUAAAAUGUGCAGGAAGUCAAUAGAGGGCAGAAAAAAAUUCAUACAAACAUGUGUACCACAUUUGCUCUCACUGAUCAAUGUGACUACUGCAUUGUUAUUUGAUGUACUGUACAGUCGUUAUGGCUCAAAGAAUUUGCCACAAGGUGUGCGUAAUUUUAUGGCCCUGGAAUUCUUACUCAUGCCACCAAUUUUAAAUCCGAUUAUUUAUGGUGUAAAUUUGAAACAAGUACGACAGCAAGUUAUUAGACUGUUUUUCAAAAAACAAGUGUAA